AUGAUUUGGGAAUUUCAGUUCAAAUCCGAAUGGAUUGAUUCUGUGCAAGAAGAAGAUCGAGAAGGUUGGGCAGAGCUGUGUUCACAGCACGGCGAAGAUGCGGGUAAUCGCGUAUUCGGUCGUACAGUGCCGUUCGUUAGUUUUCUUCCGUUUCCAGUGUUGAUCAAAGCAGAACUUCAAUUGUCUCAGCAUAGCAACUUUACCAAAAAGAUGUCGGAUGCUGAUGACGAUGAUUUAUUUGCUGAAUUCGUUGAUGCUGAUGAUGAUGCUCAAGGUGAUGGUCCUUAUAACCAUUUCAACUCCCAGAAGAGCUCAUCUCAGCGCAGUUUCGGCGGAAAAGAUGUACGAACGAACGAGUUUCAGGAUACUCAGAAACGUGAUAUAAUCCUCGUGGAUUUUAAUAACGAUACUGGGGAAACUGUAGCGCCCUCGAAUGAGUUUGAGAAGAUGUUGUGUUGUGAUGGUAUAGAAGUUAGAAACGACGAGAAUUUCAAGAAGUAUAUAUUUAUAGGUGACAUUACCAGCGACUUGCUUGUUGCAAAGUUGGACAAGAAUAUGAAUGAUCGAAGAUACAAAGAUGACCUGUUGAACGCUUUCGAAGAAGCUUUACAGCAGCGAAACAAUUUUGUGACGUACUUGGAACCCUCACAUUCGUCAUGUGGAGUUCAGGAAUCAAUAUUUCGUGUCCUUAUACUAUGUAGAUCAUCGCAAACGAAAACAUUUGAACUGCUUAUGAGCCACCUCGAAGAGCUGCAAAAGGAAAAGCAAGAGGAUUUAAACUUGUCGCAUCUGUGUAUUGCUCAGAUCCGUUUUAUUAAUCGUAUCUAUGACAGUCGUUCUCUGUUCUGUUCAAUAUUCGAGAAAGAAAUUGAAAAAUGGUUGCCAGAGAUUAGAAACAGUUUGAUUUCGUCGAUUCCGGAGGUUCUUACUGAUAUCGGCGUUCAAACUGAAGCAGUACAAGAGCUGCAGUCACUUCUAUUGCGUGAUGUGAAGACUGAUCCUAUUGGAUGCAAGAUGGCUGUUAUAUCGUCUCUCUCAUUGCUCAAUUCGGAUCCGGAGACGAACAAGAAGCUUCAAACAAGAAUUAUACAAUCUCUAAGCAGUUUCGAAGUGGAACUGGUUCCUUCGCUCAUUGAGCUUAUUCUUCGGCGUUUGGAUAACUCUAGCAGGAAUGUGUUCUCUGAUCUUCUAUGUCAGCUUUCGUCUCAUUUAAGGAUUGAUGAACUGCGACCUAGUCGUCAAGGGAAGGUUCGUCGCUCUUUGGAUGACCUCGUAGGAGAAAUGUUUGACAAAAUCGCCGACUUCGUUGUUUUGGGAGGCGAAACUCUUUGGAAAGAAGUGCACAGAUUCUUCAGAAACAUAGGGGUAACUGAAAAAGGUGCUUGCAACGAUGUCUCACAGGAGAGCGUCAUUUCUCCAGACACUAGUUCACCGCAUAGCCUGAGAUUAUUCGAAGUAAUGCUUUCGAUUGCCCUUUUAUCACUUCGUUCUUGUCCUCUCAACGUCGCGACUACAAUUAAGCAGCGCUUUGUUCAGUCUCAAGAAAACAUCGAAUCACUUAGUCGUUUGUUCAGCACCGCCUUGAAGUUCAAAACGUUUUGUGAACGCAAUGUGAAUUCGAUCAUUUCUGUUGCUCAACAAUGUUUGUGGUCUAGAAAACCUGACUCUCAGAAGCUUGGAGCAGAUAUUUUCAAAAACCUUGUUCUUUUUGUGCCUAAACAUAUAGAGCUGGUACUUAAGACGAUGCUGUCACAUAUAGUACAGUCGGAAACAGAAUCUGAAGCCAUCCUUAACGAAUUUACGGCACUGAUUGUUGAGAGACCUAAAGCAGUAGGACCAUUCAUUGGCCUUGUGUCGGGAUAUUUCUUCGUUCUUGACCGAAUGACCACUGGAAAUGUGAAAAGAUUGUUUCGUGCCGUUUUUCGACUUUAUGCUGCUGAGCCGUCAACGAUGUCUCAAAAGGACAAUCUCAAUGCAAUGAUACCUUUGCUACUUCGCGCAGCCGACAACGUUCAGCCGAUUUUUGGUGUGUUAGCUGCGUUAAUGAAACUGGAGACAGCACUACUGUUGGAAGAAUAUCCAACGAGAGAAGAAGAUGUGCGAAACUCAUUGCAGUUAUUAGACGAGGCUCGUAGUGCUUCCAGCUACAUUCGAACAUGUUAUUAUUCUGGGCUAGCUGAUGUUUUGCGCGUCUGCUUUGGAUGCUCGAAAUGUAUAGCGAUGCAUGAGUGGCUCACUGUUUUUGUGGAAGAAUUUCGCUCCGAUUUUUUCACGGAUCAGUAUGAACCCUCGAGUGAGUUCGAAGGUGCAAGGUACAUUUACCAGGGCUCAACUUUGUGGCUGAAGUGCUCAAACAGUCAAAAUCUUGGCGAGGCUACUCCCUUGUUGGAAGCAGUAAUGGAAGCGAUUCGACUACAAGAAACAUGGCCGAUUGCUGGUACGAUGGAAGCGACGCAGCGAGACCUUUGGUCAAGAAUUUUCUAUGCACUAAGUGCUAAUAUUUGCGUACAAGGAGUGAAUGACAAUUCGAAAACUUCGUGUGAUACAUUGUUUCGCACAAUCCAGUGGAUUCGGACGCUAUUUAAUGUAUUCUCAGAAGAAGAGGCUUGCACAAGCGUUGACAGUGCUACACUCGAUGAAUUGUGGACGAAAAAGUUUCUGCUGAUGUUUGAAUGUCAAAAAGAACUUACAUCUAAAGCGAAAGCAUUUGGACAAUGGCCAGUGCCUGAUCAAAGCCCGCUGUUUCCAAUUACUGUUGUCUCUUUGGACUCUAAGAAAAAACCUACGAAGAGAGCACCUAAAAGAAAGCGAAAUGCACCAACAGACGAGGGGGAGGAAGUUGCAGAGGCUAUACUUCCGCUAAUGCAAGCACCUUCAUUAUGUGGAGGAGAAAAGAAAAGACUUGUUGGCAAAAGUGUUCCACUAGCUAAACUGACGUCGUGUAUGAAGACGUUGAAAUUAUCAGCAGUGGUAAAACUCAUGAAGUUGACCCAAGGUAGGCGGCGAGCAUCUAUUCUGCUUAUGGAUCACUUACUAGAAAUAUUGAAGCAAGUAUGUCCCAGGAUUGGAAAGAAGUCUCUACCUUGGGCGAAGGGAGAGUCAUCAGCUGCCUGUCUUCAUGGUGAUGUAAGUCAUAUUUCAGCCCAGGUGGAUAAGUUGUUACCUAUCCUCUGGAAUACAUUCUCGAAGACUGUCUCAUAUUUCCGGGACCAGUUUAAUUCGUCAGCAGUGGUGACAACAGAAACCGAUGUUUCUGAUCAACUGGCGGACCUGUUACGGCUUUGUCUUGCUACUCUGGCGCACUUGUUCUCAUGGAACUACGUGUCGGUGUUGCCCAGUGAUUCUGAUGCAGUGUCGACGAGAAAGAAGAGUCGCCGUGAAAAACUUAUGGAUAUUUUAGAGCAUGCCAUUCUUCAGGAAGAUAGCGAGAGGGGUGCUGGUAGCGAGGCGGAAAAGAAUGUUUACGAAUACCUGAUUGAUAUGUGCGAAGUGGUGCCUAAUGUCGGUGUCGCGAUCGUUCUCUUGGAAUGUGCAUCAUCGAUUCACUCACCUAGUGAAGAGCUCAGCAGUAAAUUAGCUCGACAAACACUGGGAUUUUUGAAGAAGGAAUGGUCGGACAAAGAAGGAAAAGCGAUCAAAGGGGCAACACUGACGUCGGCUGUCAGAAAACUGCUGAGUCAUUACCUAAAUCUUCGACCUGUGAACUGUCGACUUUGCGCGAUACAAUGGAUUCUUGCUAAAAAGCUUGCUGAUUUGGUUCCUCAUGACGAAAGAAGGAAAAGUAAAGUGUACGACCAAGAAUCGGACGAUCCUGAUUUGAAUGAACGUUACACAAACCAAAUCUUUGCCUGUUUCACGAGAGCCACAUUUGGAACGAUUUACAAGGUCCUAUUUGUUGCCAUGAACGAUGCACUAUCAGCUGAGGUAGUUCAACUGCCUGGAACCGUCUCUAAAAGAAUUGCUGUCGAGAAGUGUUUGCGUACUUGGAAUAUCGCGGCUGGAUGCGUAUCGUUGUUUGGACUGAUGUUACGGGUCAGAGAACUACGCAGUACUUCUCUUCUCGUGACAGCAAUCAAAGAAGGGAAAAGAUUCCUUGGUAUGAUGUGCAAUAAAAGCAGCUCUUUCAUGUACUUACUGGAAGAUAAAGCCCGCCUUGCAGACGUGACAGAAAAUGUUGUGGAAAUUAUUAAGUCGGUGCAGAUUGGAAAUCGAAAUUUCCAGAACAUUUGUGUACAUGCAAAGACAACUCGUUCUAACGUUCUGCUCAAACUCGUGCCAGAUUUUCGAGUAACAAACGAACAAUGGAUGAGAGGCAUUCAAGCAAAACUUGUUGGGAUCAACUGUUUAGAAGCAUUCGAGAUUGGGUUGCUGAAGCCACGCGAUAUCAAUGGAGAGGAAAUUAUCUAUUCUGGAGAUGAUCGUAGUAGUUCCAGCCGCUCUGAGUCCGAAGCAGAAGAAAACGCUGAGGAGGCUCAAUCUGGUUCCGAUGACGGGAAUACUAGUGAAGUAUAUUAG